GAUGAUUCUUCCCUCGCCGUUAAUCACACCAGAGGCUCAGCUGCGUAUUCUGGAAAAGAAAAAUUGUACAUUGUAUCUCAGGCCGGUCGAGAUGGCCGGUCCUGUAGGUGCUAUUCUACAAAAGGCACCUCAUAUCGAGAGUAUCACGGUCCCAGGAAUCGAGGAGUUUCUCAGGGAUGAUGCAGCAUCGCCAGUAGUUUAUGGAAAGACAUGGGAUGAAGGAAAAGACGAUCCGUGGCUGGUGUUCCACACCUCAGGCACAACAGGUAUAUUCUUUAAAUUCGAUACAUUCAAACCAUACCCUAACCUUCUCCAAGGAAAUCCCAAGCCGAUCACCUAUACACAUCAAAUGAUGGCUGGUACCGAUACCGCGGCUUCUUUGCCGGACAUCGAAGAAACUCAUAUUCAUCAAUAUGCCCAGCGAAGGUGGUACACCCCUUUGCCCUCGCUGCAUGUAAGACCUCGACCUCAGGCUGUUUCCUGAUCCCGGACAUAUGCUUACUAGCAUAGUUUGUUGGCAUGUUGAUGAGCCUUGCCAUGACUGGGUUCGUGAAUAUGACAUCCGUCAUUGGGCCUCCAGCACCCCCUACCCCCAAACUUCUUAUAGAUAUUUUCCGCUACGGCCGGAUAGACGGUGCACUUCUCAUGCCCGCUCUAAUUGACGCACUCUGUCUCCUUCCCGAAGGCAUUGAAGCGCUACGAGAACUUAAAUACGUUCAUUAUGCUGGUGCUCCGCUCUCGGCCAAAUCUGGAAAUCUACUAGCACCCUACACACAAGUUGUCCCCUGUGUCGGCAGCACCGAAGCAGGCGGGUACUUCACGACCAUUCAUCAAAACAAGGACGCAUGGGAUUACCUCUCCUUCCAAAAGCAUUCCGGGGCAGAGUUCGAACACCGCAUGAACGACCUGCACGAGCUUGUAUUUGUGCGUCGUCCCGAAUGCGCAAUGCAGCAGAUCUUCCAGGUCUAUCCAGAUCGCGAUUCUUUCGGAACAGAUGAUCUGUGGAUCGAGCAUCCGGUGCACAAAGGACUAUGGAAGAUCAUCGGCCGCAGCGACGAUUACGUAUAUCUAGCUCAUGGUGACGGACUGCAUGCUUCGCUUCUGGAACCAGAGAUCAUCGCUCAUCCUAGCGUGAAGACCGCGAUCAUUGGAGGCCAUGGGCAGAUAUCGCCAGUUCUUCUGGUGGAGUUGAUUCCUGGGGUGGAGUUGGACAAUGCGGCUUUGAAGGAAAGCCUAAAGCCCUGUAUCGAGAAGGUCAAUGUACAUUGUCAUGACUGUGUGAAGCUCUCUUCGGAGCGGUUGAUCUUCGCCACGAAGGACAAGCCAUUUAUCUUGACGGCGAAAGGAAGUGUGGCGAGAUUGCAGACUUUGGCUCUCUAUGAGGAAGAGAUCGUAUCCUUGUUCGCUUAAGACAAAGCAAAUGGUAUGAUCUUUUGAUGAAGUUGGUGACCAGCAUUCUUCAUAUAUACAACGAAAAAGCAAUGGCUCACUAUUCUUCAAGUGACAAUAGUAUAGUUCUUCAUGGAGAUUUUGACUCACUUAAGGUACUCUUAUUAUUCUGAAUAGGCUUCCAGAGAACAGACUAACUACACUGCCAUUGUCAUGUGUAUAUAUUGCGAGGGUAAAAAACAGAGAAUAUGAAAAAAAAACAUACAACAGGAGGGAUUCG